GAUCCCUCUUUCUCAUGUAUUUCCGCAGGUCACCCCAGUCAUUACAGCGCCCCCAGACCCCUUUUAGAGUCGACGAGGGACCCUGAGUCGCUUGAAGCUGGCAUCCCGUCUCUCCUGAGCCUGCCAAUGUUGCACUGCCCCCCCUCCCGUGGGCCCCCGGCGCCCCCGGCCCCUGGCAAGGUCCUCAUGCUGCACGGCUUGGAGCCCAGCCAGUUCAACUGUGAGCGAGUCUUCAACCUGCUCUGUGUCUUCGGCAACGUGGAGCUGGUGAAGUUUCUGAGGAAUAAGCCGGGCGUAGCUAUGGUCCAGAUGGGGGAUGAAUACGCAGUAGAAAGGGCUGUGAUGAAUCUCAACAACAGCGUGAUCUUCGACAGCAAGAUCGGAGCCUGCGUCUCCAAACAGCCUGAGAUCAUUCCGGGAAGGGCCUUCGAGCUGGAGGACGGCACGGGCAGUUUCAAGGACUUCUACAUGAGCAAAAACAACCGCUUUACCAGCCAGGAGAAGAGUGCCAAGAACCUGUUUCAACACCCCUCCCGCACCCUGCACUUCUUCAGCGCCCCACCAGAGGUCACUGCAGACAACUUCGAGGAGGUCUGUGAUUCACUGAAACUGCCCAGGUUCUGCUCUUGUAAGAUAUUCCCACCAAAACAUAAGAGCAGUUCUGGGCUGAUCGAGUGGGACUCCACCCCUAAAGCAAUGGAGGCCCUCGUGGUGCUGAACCACCAUCUGAUGAGACAAGCAGAUCAGAAAGUUCCUUACACCCUGCGGCUGUGCUUCUCCCACGCGGGCGACAGAGAGUAGAAGAAACGCUAGACAACGCAGACUGGAGGAGACACAUGGAAACGCAAAGUGGACAAGAGCUGUUCUCGGCACAGCGUUUUAGUGCGGUUCAGAGGACAGGCAGACAAUACAACAUGAACUCGAAACCAGGAGGAAGGCAGUCGGGGUGGAAACGCACUGAAAUGGAGCGACGGAAGCCAAGAAGGGUUUCGUUCUGCGCAAAUGAGAGCCAUGUUAUUUUUUAUAUAAAGAAUCUAGAUUAUUAGCUCGUUAUUUUGAGAGUCGCUAUUCAAUCACGCUGCACUGUACGCUGUUUAUUUUGUACACCCGCCCCUUCAAAAUAGCUUGUUAGGUUUUUUCCAAUAGCUUUGAUUUUUUUAACCUGUAAUCGCAUCAACAUCAGGGUCUACUGUGUAUAAUAUACGGGUUUGUGUUUUAUUUUUAGUACAUUUAAAAUUUAAAUAACUCCAUGCACAAUUCUGGAUAAAAAAUAAUUCAUUUAUUUAAAAUAUUUACAAUAGAUAUAUACAAAAACCAAGAAAACCCUGCCAAAAAAAUGUAUGGAGGCGUGUUCCGUUCGGAGGUAAGAGUGUCAGUCAUUUUGAUGGACAGUCAUGUGACCAGUUAGCCACGCCCAGUUAAAGCUGCAUUAACCUGGCUGGCCAUGUUUGGCUGUCUGUUCACUCCUGCCUCUUUCACUUGGUUUCAUUAAAAAAAAUGUUUUGAGUUAAA